UUUAUAAGGACUUGGGAGAGAUGGUCUGAUCUUUCAGUCACCAUUUUUACUAUUGAAUGGCUACAGAAGACGCUAAGCAUCGCUUCAGCAAUUAUGACUCUUUUGACCCGUUCUCUUACAUCAAACGUAAAUAUGCGACCAUGUCAGAACUGGUUGCCAUCCCUCUCAGGGAGAUGCACUCUGUUUUCACCAAAGACGCGAACGGUUGUCAUCAAGAAGGCGGUGGGGGGUUGAAGAUCCUUGACUAUGGCUGUGGGCCGGUCCCUGUCUAUCUCUCUAGCUUGCCAAUGAGCUCUUCUGAGAUUGUUUUCGCCGAGUAUGGCGAGGCUAACCGCCAUGCUCUUCAGAUGUGGUUAGACAAGAUACCGGGUUGCCCAGACUACACUCCCUUUUUUAAAUAUGCCGUUGAAAAUCUUGAAGGUUUGACCGGAGAAGAGCCUGUCUUGAAGAAACAGGAACAGCUAAGGAAGCAAGUGAAAGCCGUUGUUUCGUGUGAUGCUACCAAAGACCCUCCCAUUGCCCCGGGAUAUGAGGGUCCUUAUGAUUACGUACUGUGCAGUCUGUGUCUAACCGUUACUGCCUCCAGCAUUGAAGAAUACAGUGCUAAUCUUGGUCGUGUCACGUCUCUCCUUAAACCUGGCGGGAAGCUCUUUUUGAACAGCAUUGAAGCAAGGGUUGGGGACUAUUUCAUGUACACGGCUGGUGAAGAGGAAUUCUACGCUCUGAGUAUGAACAUGGCGAGUCUUGAGCAGGUUCUUCGAGAGAAUGGCUACGGAGACGUGAGGAUGAUCCGUACUGAUAUUGACGAGACGCCAGGAGCAUAUCAAUACGUCUCACCAGAGAUUUAGAUUUGAAGCAAAGGCACAUCAGUCUGUUUGUUCCAGCAGCAGGCAGAGAGAGAGAAGAGAGAGAAAACACACAGCCAUUAUAAUGAGAGAGUGCCAGUCUGUCUCCAACACAUCACACAAUGGCAACAUGAAUGAUAUUCACUUGACUGCCCCACUACCAUUCAAUCAAUUGAAGAAAUGUAAAUGCACUAUUGUUACUAUUCUGUAGUGUUAACAUUCAUUUUACAGCAGCAGAGCAGUUCAUGUACUGUAUGUAUGUUAGUCAGGAAAACCUUCACUGUGUAACACAUACUGACCUAUGCACUAAUAAUAAUGAUAAUAGUCACUUUAUACAGUUUUCUGAUAUUGUUCAGUAUUUUGUCUGCUUGCUCACGUGA